CAGACCAGCAAAGGUCCCAGAGUGACCAGUGGACAUGAAGGUCACCAAGCCUAAGAAAAGAACUUAUAGGACUUCUCGAAUCUGGCGAAUCAAGUACCAGCCUCCUACGCUGUCUCCGCUAGAAACGCGACCCGCCGAGAUACUGCAAAAGGUUGCCGUGCUUAGCGAUAACCACUCCUACCAGAAGCUAGCAGUCUCAUCGGUUCUAAACUCUCCUGCGAGCACAUAUAUAUGCAUUUUUGUUUCCGAGGAUUUUUCUGCUACGACGACGAAGCUCCCGACGAGCUCUACCAAGAAUGGCUGUUUUCACGGCGCUGGAUGACGUGGAGUCUUUUUCAGAAAUACGUCACCAGAGCAUAUGAAAAGUACCACAAGCAGUGGUACGACAGUGACACAAUAUAUUACUAUUCAGUAUUUCGUAUAUCUCUUGGGAGGUGCGAAAUCAGAAGGAGAUGGAAACAGUUUGGGCAACCCGAUGUGCAUCCACCGAAGUUCAGUCCGUCAGACGAGGACACCGACACCGUUCUUCCCUACCUCAGCGCUAUUCAGUGCCACAUUUCACCAAAACUUCUGCAUGGACCAUUUACUCCUGACAAGCUUGCCUUUCUUCGCUUCCUGACAGCCAAUCCCAUUAUGGUGCAACAUACGAUCAAGAUAAAAAGACACUUACGUUCGGGAUGGUACCCUCCCUGGUCGACAUGGCAUGAGGCACUCAUGCUCGGUAACUACGAAUUAUUGUCUCUGUUACUCUCUGAUCAUCUGAUAUGGGCUGUUCGACCUACUGGAAAAUACUCAAUAAAAGCAGUUGAGGAAUACAAUUCCUCGAGACCCAUUCUCAAACUGCUGAUUGAGAAGAUAGUGAAGAGGUCUGACUACGACUUCAGUGAUCUCGCGUUAGCGGACUGCGUAGGACGGGCAUCAGACAGAGACAGGUCAGAUCGGUGUUGGCUUUUCGAGUGGAUUCAGAGAGCACGAGAUUGGCAAAAUGAGUCUGAUUUCGCUCAUCCGAGAGAACGAACGACGCCUGGACAGAUCAUAGAAAUCAAGUAUCUGGACAGUUUCACACUUGACAACGCUCAUCAGAACGAUCCUAAAUCGAAGAAGGAGCAACUUGAAAGCGAAGUAAAUCGUGAGGGCCUAUUCAAUGUUAAUGAAUUCUUCUUCUGGCGGAGAAACAAGGAGGAGUUAGAGCGCUAUCGGGUUUGAGGGAAUAGCAAGAGGAUACUACGAGUUCAAGGGACUGUAUAAACGUCGAUUUUCGCUCUUACUGCGACUAUUGCGUGCAAUACUCUGAUCUACCUGCUCUUCACCUAGUACAUUGAAAUCAGAGGGUUUUCGUUAGACACCACGCUCACUACGAGUGACAUCGCACCUGAGCCACGUGGGGUAAUAUACGAAGUAAGCGGAAUGCAGCCAAGACGCCAAUUUUCAGCCUUACCC